AUGACGGGUGUAACCAACGCACACUUGAAUGAGCGUCUUGAAACUUUGAAUACCUCUUUGCAAGACAUGCUCGAAGAGAUGCGGACUGAACGAACAGAGAUGCGGACUGAACGAACAGAGUCAACUGAAAAAUUUGAUACCUUCCGUGACGCGCAAACUACUCUGCAGACCACUCAAAACACCCUUCUUACAGAAUUACAGACAAUGAAUCGCAACAUUGCGGCUCUUCUUCGUCUGCAGCAAGGUGGCCACAAUGAGCGAACUGACAAUCAAAAUCGUCGUAUGCCAGGUGAUGGUGGGGUUGGUACAUUACUCCGAGGAAGCCCUAUAAAUAUAAAGUUUCCUAUAUUUGAUGGUAAUGAUCCAGACGGGUGGAUUUUUAAAGCUGAGCAGUUCUUUUCUCUUCAUGGGGUAACUGAGAAUCAAAAGGUACCGGUGGCUGCUGCGCAUCUUGAUAAAGAUGCCAAUUCAUGGUUUAGAUGGAUCAAAGAGUCUUUUGGGACUUUUAGGGAAUUAACUUGGCAACAGUUCUCUCGUGCACUACGUUCUCUAUUCGGUAAUCGUAAGCACAUCGAUGCGUGUAGCGCCCUCUCCAAGUUGGAGCAAAAAGGUCUUCGUAAGGAUAUUGGUGCUAGUGUUCGUUUAUUUCGACCGCGAAGUCUUUCAGAGACUUUUGAAUAUGCUUUAUGCCAAGAAGAUGUUAUCAAUUCAUCACAGCAUAUCAAUCCUUUGAUACGUAACUUUCCAUCGAAAUCAUUUACAGCUGUAAGCCCAUCUCUACCACAACGGAAUGCCGUACCUUCUGGCAUUAAACGGUUGACAUGGGAAGAGCAAAAACAACAUCGUGCGAAAGGCCUUUGCUUUAACUGUGAUGAGCCGUAUACGCAAGGUCAUCUAUGUGCGAAGUCCAGGUUAUUGUUCCUUGAAGGUGCUAACGAUAUGUCUAUCACGGAGCUGCAACAGGAUAACAGUGAAGACAUUCCCGAAGAUGUGUUGAUUGAAAGUGAAAAAGAUAUUGCUUCGACACCUGAAAUUUCGUUACAUGCAUUUAUGGGCUCUCCGUUUCCGAAAACAAUGCGCAUCACAGGGUAUAUUAAAGGACAUCCAGUGACGAUACUUAUUGAUUCGGGAUCUACUCAUAAUUUUCUCCAUCCUAAGAUCGCAAAACACUGUGGUUAUAAGGUUACGUCUAGUAACACUGUUAUGCAAGUUAUGAUAGGGGAUGGUAGAUUUUUAAACGCUACCGGUUCAUGCUCUAAUGUCACUAUUAAGUUACAGGAUUAUGUAUUCGACAUCGACUUUUAUCUAUUAGCAGUCAGUGGUUGUGAUGCUGUUCUUGGCGUUCAAUGGCUACGUAGUUUGGGUACGUUUACUUGGGAUUUCAAUAAGCUAAUUAUGAAGUUUUCCAAACUUGAUAGAGAAUUCUCCCUAAUUGGUGACAACUCUCCAACGGUUAUGCUUUUGGAUACUAAUCCUAUGCAGCGAGUUAUAUGCCGUGAGAAGCAAGGUAUUUUCUUACAAUUAACAAAUGCUACAAAUGAAACAGAUUCAAGUAACUCAGUGACACCUCCUGCAAUAAGAGAGCUAAUAUUGCAAUUUUCUGAUGUUUUUGAGUCUCCUACAUCUUUGCCUCCCAAGCGUUCUCAUGAUCACCACAUUCCAGUGGUUCCGGAUUCUUCUUCGGUGAAUGUGCGUCCUUAUCGGUACCCAUAUUUCCAGAAAGAAGAGAUUGAAAGGGUGGUUGUUGAACUCAAAGAGGCCGGUUUCAUUCGUCUUAGCUCAAGUCCUUACUCUUCACCGGAUCUCCGUGGAUUUUUAGGAUUGACAGGAUAUUACCAUAAGUUUGUCAAGGAUUACGGGAAGAUUAGUGCACCUUUAACUGCAUUGCUUAAAAAGGAUGCAUUUAAUUGGUCCAAUGAUGCUAUGGUUGCUUUUAAAAAGCUACAGACAGCAUUAACAACCACACCAGUUCUCCAAUUGCCUGAUUUCUCAAAGGAAUUUGUCGUAGAGUGUGAUGCUUCAGGAAACGGGUUGGGAGCUGUCCUUAUGCAGGAAGAACAACAGAAAUGGGUAACUAAACUUCUUGGCUACGACUAUGAGAUAGUUUACAAGCGUGGCUCUGAAAACAAUGCAGCUGAUGCAUUAUCUCGAGUUGAAAUCCCUCGUUUAAUGGCUUGUUACACACCAAUUUGCUGGGGUUAA